AUGCUUGACGACUCCGAGGUAGAUGAUGGAGGAGCCGAAGUCGAGGACGGAGUGGCCGAGGUCGAAGGCGCGCUUGAAGGAACACUCGACGGCUCGCUUGCAGGAGUGCUCGACGGAACGCUUGAGCUGGUCGUCGUGGUAUCGUCCGCGCCGCCAGCUCCUCCGCCGCCGCCUCCGCCAACGGGAGGAACGACGGGCACGCCACCUACGAUCGGAACCGCGAUGGGAACAACCGGGACAUACUGGUUGCCAUUGGCAUCGGUCUGCGGAGAUGCGACGGAAGUCUGCGUCGAUCUGCCGAUGCUCCGGGAACUGCUUCUCGCCUUACUUGUUCGAGAAGGAGCAGAGCUCGUGGCGGAUCCCGACGGUGUGUUGCUCGAGGAAGGCGGUGCCGAGCUGCUAGCUGAUUGGGAUCCUGAGCUUCUCGUGAACGAAGAUGUGGCGGUCGACGACGCGAAGGAUGAAGAUGCGAAAGAGGAGGAGAAAGCGCUGGAACUGAAGCUGGACCUCGCGUGGGUCGAUGAUGCGAAGCUGGAGCUUGGACGCGAGGAUGACGAAGCUCUGGAGCUCGUCGACCCGGUAGACGUCGCUGUGCUGCUGGCGGUGCUGCUUCCGGAAGAUGACGUCCGACUGCUCGAGGACUUGCUGGACGAACUCUUCUUGCUCGAAGUGCGCGAGCUGGUGGAGGUGGAUGAGGAAGAAGACGAUGUAGUAUUACGGUGCGUCGUCGUUGAGUUGAGGAAGAGUGAAGGAUCCGGUUUCCUGCCUGUUAACCAAGUCAUAAUGGGCGCCUUGGUGCUGGUGAUGCUCGGCUCUUUCGAGCAUGUGAUGCCUCGCGGCAUGGCCAUUUUGGUGAUGAAGCCCCUGAGCUGCCCCGGCCGCCAGAACUAG